AUGCAAGAAGAUAAUCCAAGUUAUUUACAACCUGAGAGUGAUCUUGACUCCGGUCUAUUAACAACGAUUGAAGAUGAUAAUGAAAGCCUUAUCUAUGAACUAGAAGAUUUUGAAGAACUUGUAUCUACAUAUUUUUUAAACAAUGAGAAUGUUGA